AUGCCACAAACACCGACCUUUGCAGCAAUGUUUAACAGCAGUGGUUACAGCCGACACCUGUACUCAUCCAGUGAGGAGAAUUGUGGAGGCCUAUUUUACCAUGACAACAACCUCGUGUCAGGGUCUUUGGAGGCACUGAUCCAACACCUUGUGCCUACAGUAGACUACUAUCCUGAUAAAACAUACAUAUUUACCUUUCUGCUGAGCUCACGUCUUUUUAUUCGGCCAUAUGAGCUCCUAGCAAAAGUUUGUCUCAUGUGCGUUGAGCAACAGCGACUGAAUGAGGCCAUUUUAGAUAAGGCUAAAAUAAGAAAACUUGCACCAAAAAUAGUGCAGCUGUUGGCUGAAUGGACUGAGAUAUUUCCCUAUGAUUUUCGAGAUGAGAGGAUGAUGAGAAACCUGAAGGACAUGACGCUGAAGAUAGCUACUUUGGAUGAGGUUAGUUAUCGGAACACCAUGCAGCAGAUUACUCAGAAUCUGAUCCAGAAGCUGGCUACCCUUAACCAGUAUGAAGAAGUUCUGUCAAAAUUAAAUGCAACAGUCACAGACCGACUUACUGUGCUAAAGACCAAACCGCAGUCCAUUCAGAGAGAUAUAGUGACCAUCUGCAGUGACCCGUACACUUUAGCUCAGCAGCUAACACAUAUAGAACUGGAACGACUCAGUCAUAUUGGACCUGAGGAAUUUGUUCAAGCCUUUGCACACAAAGACACUUUAGACAACAACAAGAACUGUUUUAAUCAUCUGAAAAAAGCAAGCAAUCUGGAAGCAUAUGUGGAGUGGUUCAACAGACUGAGCUAUCUCGUCGCGACAGAGAUUUGCAUGCCAGUGAAGAAGAAGCACAGGGCACGAGUAAUAGAAUACUUCAUCGAUGUAGCUCGGGAAUGCUUCAACAUCGGCAACUUCAAUUCCUUGAUGGCAAUUAUUUCUGGUAUGAACAUGAGCCCUGUUUCUAGACUAAAGAAAACCUGGGCAAAAAUCAAAACAGCUAAGUUUGAUAUCCUUGAGCAUCAAAUGGAUCCUUCCAGUAAUUUCUACAACUAUAGAACAGCUUUGCGAGGAGCAGCUCAAAGAUCAAUGACAGCCCAUAGCACCAGGGAAAAGAUUGUUAUUCCUUUCUGCAGUUUGUUAAUCAAGGAUAUUUACUUUCUAAAUGAGGGUUGUACCAAUCGUUUACUAAAUGGGCAUGUCAAUUUUGAGAAAUUCUGGGAGCUUGCAAAGCAAGUCAGUGAGUUUAUGACCUGGAAACAAGUGGAAUGCCCCUUCGAGCAUGAUCGCAAAAUCCUUCAAUAUCUUCUCACCGCUCCUGUCUUCUCUGAAGAUACACUGUACUUGGCAUCGUAUGAUAGUGAAAGCCCUGAGAACCAUGUUGAGAAGGAACGGUGGAAGUCUCUAAGAUCUACGCUUCUAACAAGGGUUUAGCUUUGAUGUAAACCUCUGAUGUAAAUUGGCCCC